GGCGCGGGGCGGCCCAUUUCCUCCUCCUAGCCGGACUGGAGGGAGACAAAGCAGCGGCCGUCGGCUUCGGGCCUCCGGAAUUUAGCGCUCGCCCAGCUAGCCGCAGUAGAAACGGGGUUUCACCAUAUUGACCAGGCUGGUCUCUAACUCCUGACCUCAAAUGAUUCACCUGCCUCAGCCUCGAAAACUGCUGGGAUUACAGGCGUGAGCCACCACGUCUGGACUAUCCAUUCAUAUGUUGAUGGACAUUUGGAUUAUUUCCAAGAAAUGACUGCUGUCCACGCAGGCAACAUAAACUUCAAGUGGGAUCCCAAAAGUCUAGAGAUCAGGACUCUGGCAGUUGAGAGACUGUUGGAGCCUCUUGUUACACAGGUUACAACCCUGGUAAACACCAAUAGUAAGGGGCCCUCUAAUAAGAAGAGAGGUCGUUCUAAGAAGGCCCAUGUUUUGGCUGCAUCUGUUGAACAAGCAACUGAGAAUUUCUUGGAGAAGGGGGAUAAAAUUGCGAAGGAGAGCCAGUUUCUCAAGGAGGAGCUUGUGGCUGCUGUAGAAGAUGUUCGAAAACAAGGUGAUUUGAUGAAGACUGCUGCGGGAGAGUUCGCAGAUGAUCCCUGCUCUUCUGUGAAGCGAGGCAACAUGGUUCGGGCAGCUCGAGCUUUGCUCUCUGCUGUUACCCGGUUGCUGAUUUUGGCUGACAUGGCAGAUGUCUACAAAUUACUUGUUCAGCUGAAAGUUGUGGAAGAUGGUAUCUUGAAGUUGAGGAAUGCUGGCAAUGAACAAGACUUAGGAAUCCAGUAUAAAGCCCUAAAACCUGAAGUGGAUAAGCUGAACAUUAUGGCAGCCAAAAGACAACAGGAAUUGAAAGAUGUUGGCCAUCGUGAUCAGAUGGCUGCAGCUAGAGGAAUCCUGCAGAAGAACGUUCCGAUCCUCUAUACUGCAUCCCAGGCAUGCCUACAGCACCCUGAUGUCGCAGCCUAUAAGGCCAACAGGGACCUGAUAUACAAGCAGCUGCAGCAGGCGGUCACAGGCAUUUCCAAUGCAGCCCAGGCCACUGCCUCAGACGAUGCCUCCCAGCACCAGGGUGGUGGAGGAGGAGAACUGGCAUAUGCACUCAAUAACUUUGACAAACAAAUUAUUGUGGACCCUUUGAGCUUCAGCGAGGAGCGCUUUAGGCCUUCCCUGGAGGAGCGCCUGGAAAGCAUCAUUAGUGGGGCUGCCUUGAUGGCCGACUCAUCCUGCACGCGUGAUGACCGUCGUGAGCGAAUUGUGGCAGAGUGUAAUGCUGUCCGCCAGGCCCUGCAGGAUCUGCUUUCGGAGUAUAUGGGCAAUGCUGGACGUAAAGAAAGAAGUGAUGCACUCAAUUCUGCAAUAGAUAAAAUGACCAAGAAGACCAGGGACUUGCGUAGACAGCUCCGCAAAGCUGUCAUGGACCACGUUUCAGAUUCUUUCCUGGAAACCAAUGUUCCACUUUUGGUAUUGAUUGAAGCUGCAAAGAAUGGAAAUGAGAAAGAAGUUAAGGAGUAUGCCCAAGUUUUCCGUGAACAUGCCAACAAACUGAUUGAGGUUGCCAACUUGGCCUGUUCCAUCUCAAAUAAUGAAGAAGGUGUAAAGCUUGUUCGAAUGUCUGCAAGCCAGUUAGAAGCCCUCUGUCCUCAGGUUAUUAAUGCUGCAUUGGCUUUAGCAGCAAAACCACAGAGUAAACUGGCCCAAGAGAACAUGGAUCUUUUUAAAGAACAAUGGGAAAAACAAGUCCGUGUUCUUACAGAUGCUGUCGAUGACAUUACUUCCAUUGAUGACUUCUUGGCUGUCUCAGAGAAUCACAUUUUGGAAGAUGUGAACAAAUGUGUCAUUGCUCUCCAAGAGAAGGAUGUGGAUGGCCUGGACCGCACAGCUGGUGCAAUUCGAGGCCGGGCAGCCCGGGUCAUUCACGUAGUCACCUCAGAGAUGGACAAUUAUGAGCCAGGAGUCUACACAGAGAAGGUUCUGGAAGCCACUAAGCUGCUCUCCAACACAGUCAUGCCACGUUUUACUGAGCAAGUAGAAGCAGCCGUGGAAGCCCUCAGCUCGGACCCUGCCCAGCCCAUGGAUGAGAAUGAGUUUAUUGAUGCCUCCCGCCUGGUAUAUGAUGGCAUCCGGGACAUCAGGAAAGCAGUGCUGAUGAUAAGGACCCCUGAGGAGUUGGAUGACUCUGACUUUGAGACAGAAGAUUUCGAUGUCAGAAGCAGGACGAGCGUCCAGACAGAAGACGAUCAGCUGAUAGCUGGCCAGAGUGCCCGGGCGAUCAUGGCUCAGCUUCCCCAGGAGCAAAAAGCGAAGAUUGCAGAACAGGUGGCCAGCUUCCAGGAAGAAAAGAGCAAGCUGGAUGCUGAAGUGUCCAAAUGGGACGACAGUGGCAAUGACAUCAUUGUGCUGGCCAAGCAGAUGUGCAUGAUUAUGAUGGAGAUGACUGACUUUACCCGAGGUAAAGGACCACUCAAAAAUACAUCAGAUGUCAUCAGUGCUGCCAAGAAAAUUGCUGAGGCGGGAUCCAGGAUGGACAAGCUUGGCCGUACCAUCGCAGACCACUGCCCCGACUCGGCUUGCAAGCAGGACCUGCUGGCCUACCUGCAACGCAUCGCCCUCUACUGCCACCAGCUCAACAUCUGCAGCAAGGUCAAGGCUGAGGUGCAGAAUCUCGGCGGGGAGCUCGUUGUCUCUGGGGUGGACAGCGCCAUGUCCCUGAUCCAGGCAGCCAAGAACUUGAUGAAUGCUGUGGUGCAGACAGUGAAGGCAUCCUACGUCGCCUCUACCAAAUACCAAAAGUCACAGGGUAUGGCUUCCCUCAAUCUUCCUGCUGUGUCAUGGAAGAUGAAGGCACCAGAGAAAAAGCCCUUGGUGAAGAGAGAGAAACAGGAUGAGACACAGACCAAGAUUAAACGGGCAUCUCAGAAGAAGCACGUGAACCCGGUGCAGGCCCUCAGCGAGUUCAAAGCUAUGGACAGCAUCUAAGUCUGCCCAGGCCAGCCGCCCCCACCCCUUGGGGCUCCUGAAGAUCAGUCACUGUUCAUCACUCAAAUGAAUUUGCUAAAUACAACACUGAUACUAGAUCCCACAGGGAAAUGGGCAGACUGUGAACUAGUCCAGGUGGUGAAUUUUCCAAGAACAUAGUUUAAGUUGAUUAAAAAUGCUUUUAGAAUGCAGAAGCCUACUUCUAGCUGUAUUUUUUUAUAUGCUUAAAAUAAAAGUAAAAAUUCAUAACCAAAGAGAAUCCCACAUUAGCUUGUUAGUAAUGCUCUGACCAAGCCAAGAUGCCUAUUCUCUUAGUGAUGGCGGCAUUAGGGUUUGAGAGAAGGGAAUUUGGCUCAACUUCAGUUGACAGGGUGCAGUCCAGACAGCUUGACUGCUUUUAAAUGACCAAAGAUGACCUGUGGUAAGCAACCUGGGCAUCUUAGGAAGCACUCCUUGGAGAAGGAAUGUUGCCACAAAGGUCUUCGGAGGGACAAACUCAGUAAAACGUAAUGUAUCAUGAAGAAAACUGAUAUUACUCUCUUUAUGACAUGAAAUGAGAAUUUUAAUGCAUGGUUACAAUUACUAAUGUACGCUGCUGCAGGACAUUAAUAAAGUUGCUUUUUUAGGCUACAGUGUCUUGAUGCCAUAAUCAGAACACACUUUUUUUCCUUUCUUCCAGUUUCAAAUGCAAAUUCAUCAUUGGGCUCACUUCUAAUAAUUGCAGUGUUUCCCACCUUGGGCUUGCAGCAGAAAAACCUGACAAAAUAGUGUUUGCUAAGGCAGUAAUUUAGACUUUACCUUAUUUGUGAUUACUAUAGUGAUUGAUUACUAUAACUACAAGGCAUAAUUUACUAUCUAUCUUAUUUAAAUUUUAUGAAUUUGAAUGUUGUUUACACUAACUUUUCCCAAUAAAGUCCACUAUGAAACCACGACA